AUGCCGAAGUCGCAUGCGGAGGCCAUUCUUUUUGGGCUGAUGGCAAGUGCUGCGCCCCCAGAGCAAUCGCAAGUCAAGACACGCUACGUCGCCCUGACGUUGACUUUCUUGGUACUCUACGAUCUUUGGAGUCCCAUCGGCGACAUUUACAACUUCCAGGCCGUGCUGGAGGAGAUGGUGUCUGGGAUGGAAGAGGAGCUGGAGGCCCGUCUCGCCGAGGCUCAGGCUUUGGCCGACGACGAGGUCUCUAGCCUGGGUGGCCAGCCUGGGCAAGUCUGA